AUGCUCAAGCCAUUCUCAUCUGAAGUCGAACAAUUACUCUGUUUAUAUACUUUAGAUAGUAAGUACGUCAUCCCGGCAAAUGAAGAAAUAAAUGAAGACUCGGCUGAAGGGGGCAGACGGCAUUACUUACUUACUACUCCGUACUACUACUUACACUUACUCACUACUACUAUAAUAAUCCCUGCUGGAGUGUGUCCUAUCGAGGUGCUCCUCCAAGUACCCCAGACCCUGUCCGCAUCUGCAGGCGCAGCCAUUAGCUGCAGAAGGUCAGGUACUACUUACUUCCACCAUCCAACUACUCAUACCGCUCAAGAGGCGUCUCUAGAAUGCCAAGUUAGUUGA